UGAAGUAAUUAAAAAUUUUAUCUUCCUACAUUUAAUUACGAUUAUUAUUUUUUCUAUAUCUUUAUGAGUGGGUCAACGUCAACAUGGUCAAUAGUGUACAUAGUGGUAUAGUACACUGUACAAUGAAUCAUAAGAAAGUAUACAAACAUGCGAAACCAACAAUUUAAAAAAUGUACAUUCAAUACAUUUCUUUUGUUUUUUAGGUUCUUUAGCUACGUGAACGAAAAUCACUUAUUCCAUAGACCUACUUAUUCCACGUUUAUUUCCCUUCUGAACAACUACCACUAUAUGACGGGAACCAGUGAAUAUCAGACGUCGGCCGAGGAGGCGGAAGUGUCGUCUUUUCUCUCCCAGAUCUCUCAGACAAGAGUCAUGGAAUUAACACAGCAAUUCCUACACUCAAAAGGGCUAACUGGAAGCUCCAUGUCCGAAUUCACAAGAACUCUGAGGAAAAUUUGGUUUGAUUUUUACCCACGUUCAUCUCACACAACGCAUGAAGACACGAGUGCAUUCGAACAUGUUUUUGUUGGUGAAACCACUAUUUCAAAAAUUGAUGGUUUUCAUAACUGGAUCCAAUAUUAUCUUGAAGAAAAACACGGAAACCUCAAUUAUCUCGGAUUUGUUUACACUAAACAGCCCCAAAUCGUAGGGACUCACUUCCAGUGGCACCAAAAGAUCAAAAGCCUAAGUUCAUUUAUCAUUGGUUCAAGUCCUGAAUUUGAACUCGCCAUGUAUACCGUCUGCUUCUUUGUGCGCCAAAACGGAGACUGCAGAUUCUCAAUGGCUGGUCAUAGCAUGGAUAUAAAGAGCUACUCCGUUUCAUUUGGAUCGUACACGAAUCUCAUCGCCACAGCAUAUGUUAACUGAAUGAUCUCAUAAAUAAAGAUUUUGAGAUAAAA